CGGCAGUGCGCGCCGUGCUGAGCUUAGCGCCGGGCGUUCCUCUUGCCUCAAGCCUGCAGUUUCGCUUGUGUGCGUCAGACCUGAGUCUCUAUCACGGGUCAGGGUGGUGACGGCGAGAUGCGCUUGUACGAGUGGCUGUUGGCAGCCGCGGUGCUGUUGGCGUUUUCGAUAGCUUCAGCUCGACGCGCAGACCAGGACUUCGAGUUCGACGACGACUCGGAUCCUGCUUCUUCUUCUACGAGUCGCGACUCUAAUGUCGCUCACUCUCGCAGACCCAGAAGAUAUAUUUACGACCCGCACAAUUCCCUGUGCCAUUCGCUGGUGUGUAAGAAGCGUGAGGUGUGUCUUCUCCGUGACGCUUUCACAGCUCUGUGCGCCACGAAGAAGGAUAUUAUACGAAAAGGCGACGUAAUAGUAACAGCAACUGCCAAUAGCUGGGAAGCGCCGGCUAGAGAUCGCGAAGAUGACGAGGAAGAUGUAUUUUACGACAGUGCCGCCAGAGAUACUGAUGCAGAUCUCGACAAUGAUGAGAAUAAACCUGACCGCUGUGUGGGUUGUCCGGUGCGCGGUCGCGGCGAAUUCCUCUGCGGUUCGGAUAAUCGCACGUAUUCGUCGUUGUGCCGUCUGGAUCUUCACAACUGCGUUCACCGUAACAAGAAACCGGUGACGUUGGCUUGCCGAGGCUUCUGUCCGUGUCCUUCGACGCCGCGCAGAAAUCGUCGUCCACACCAACGACAGAGACCUACCAGACGAAACUUCAACGAAUACGAUGAUGAUUGGCGACGUAGGAAAAUGGAAUCUUCGCACAACGAAGUCCUUCCCGAGCGAACUUCCCGAAGACGUCAAUCACAAGCCACUGAAGGCUGCGCUUUGGAUAAAAUGGCGAAUCGUUUGCUCGACUGGUUCUCCGUUCUGAUGGACGAGGCUGCUGAAAAAGCACCAUCUGAAGAAGGCUUCCCGAAUGAUUGCAAACCAGAAGUACGCUGGAUGUUUGCUCAUCUGGAUACGGAUGGUGAUGGAAUACUGUCCGCUGACAACCUUUAUUCCCUACGUCACGACGAACGCGAACGCUGUCUGCGACCGUUCCUAUCGUCAUGCGGAGGAGCUGGUGGUGACGUCACGCGUGCUGCAUGGUGCGCGUGCCUCCGCCGCGCCGCCCGUCCCUGCACCGCGCUAGCACGUGCGCAUCCUCAACCUCACGCUGGAGCCUACGUUCCGUCGUGCGACGCGCGCGGCUUCUACAGACCGCGGCAAUGUCACGCGGCUCUGGGCGUGUGCUGGUGUGUGGACGCGCAUGGCGUCGAGCUGCCGGGCUCGCGGACCAAGGGAGCACCUGCUUGUCCCGGCGAGAAACCCUCAGAGAACGACAGCAACAAUAGUUCUGAAGAUGCGGACGGAGCACCGGCUGAUGAUGAAGACGCCGACGGUAGCGGUGAUCAGGAGAUGCGCUUCUAAAUGUCGUCAAAUUAAAGUUCAACUUCGUCCUUUUUACUAGCAAUUAUACCCAUAUAAAUAAUUAAAUCCCAAAAUAAUGAAAUAUUGUUUCUGAAGUCAUCUGUAAUAUAAGCCUAAUAGGAGAUAAAAAAAGGAGUUUGAUUCCUGUUGGAAAUUAAAUACCGCCUCAAUGUGCUGUUAUAUUACAACAUGGAAUGAAUAAUGUCGAAUGAAUUACCACACUUACAACUUUACUUAUAUGUUGACCGAUAUCAUCACUUGAGUCAAUCAAAUAUCUCAGGAAUGUUAGGUUCCAUAAAUAAAGUAUGUAGUUAGCUCUACUUAGUGAUUAGCAUAGAUUCUUACUAUUGCUGGUUCGCGGAAUCCUCAGCUGUAGUAUAUGAUUGUUUAAACUUAGUUACUCUUGACAGUGUCAAGCCUAUGAUUAUUAAAAGCCCCGUUGCCUAAAGAGCAAUUGACGUAAAAAAGUUUUUUUUUAACGCGUUCCUUUGGCAAUGACUUUAACCGCGUAACUUAUGUCAUUAAUAUUUAAUCAACGUUGACUUCAAAAUCUCGCAUGGCCUUAUAACCUUUGUAACGAACUUUUUAAAUUGCAAUAAAAAUUAGUUUUAGUUAUGUGGGUACUUUCGCAUUAGAUUGGUUGGUACCUACUGAAUAAUGUUUGUAUAAAUCUUUUAGAAAAAAUUACGUUUGAGUGCUAGUUUACUAUGUAUUUAGUAGAAGAAUUUAGCGCUACGUUAUGUAUUCUCAGGCAUAAGUACUUACAUUAGAAUUCUAAAACAUGUUUUUGAAUUAGAAUUAUAGUCGCUGAACUUCAAAUUCGGGGAGUAAAAUCUUAUAAAUGUUACAAAAAUGACUCCUAACCGUUAUUCUUUUUUUUAUUAAAUUGAUAAUAUAGUCGAAUAGUGUAUGUUUUAUGGAGAAUGGGUAGGUAGGUAAAUCUGAUUUCAAUUUACUUUAACCUAAAUUUUGUUGUUAUACCACUUCAGAUUUACCUUCCUGGUUUGGUUCCAAAUGGUUGAAUUUGUGAGUCAAUUUCAUUUCACUGACCGUCCAUUGAUUUGAACGUAAUUUAUAGAAUGAACAGUCAACAUCAAGAACUGGAUGAUUUUUAGACAAGUCAGCCAACUGUAAACAACUACUGCUCUACAGUUUUUUUCAUUGUUCUCAAGAAUAUCCAUAAUUGAUGUAUAGUCCGAUUUUCUAACAGGCUUGUUGUGCAUUAAAAUAUUUCAAACGAUUGAGUUACCUCGUUUAAAGUUCAGGGACUGGAUAAUUUAUCAGAUAAUACCUAAAGAGGUAUGUACUUAGUUUAGUAUCGUGAUCUAACAACAUUCGCAGCGGUACCUAAAUAAGAUAGCAAGAUAGAUAUAUGUAACCACGAGCAAUAUUUAUAAACCCCUCGUAUUUGAUUUAUAGUUGUUUGUACCUAGUAUCUAUAUCGCUAUAUUAUCUAUUUCUAUAAAAUAUUACGGCGUGGUAGAUUUUUAUAAGUAGUGAAAAGCUGUUUACGAUUUAUAAACUUUAUAUGGACAAAUUAUUGUUUUGGGAAGGCGAAGGCAUACCUACACAUAAGGCCUAAAGUCGUUGUAAAAUUGAAAUUAACCGUCCCAUAACAAAAAAAAAAAACAAAUAAAAUUAAGGUAAAUAAACAGUUUUUAAACAAUGCAAUAUAUUAGCCGCCCAGUUGCAUAUUUAGUUUAAGGUCUGUCAAAAGUAUAUCCCACAUUCCACCAUAUAUACUGUCUUAUGUUGAUGAUAAUACGUACAAAUUAUGUAAUUUUAAAUACCAGUGGAACUCAAUCCACAAGCACUAUUGAAAGAGAUAGAGCUGCCUUUGCACGGUGGAACCCAAUCCGGCAUCACCCUCUCAUACACACGUCACUCUGAUCUGACCCUUCGAGCCAAUAUAGUUCUUAUUAAUGGAGAAAUCCUAGUUUUUUUUUGUCUCAUACUAUACCCGCAGCAAUAUGCGAUAUUAGGCAUGUCUCAUUGAAUCUCAGUUCUGUAAUCAUCAGAAAGUAGGAAAGGAUGAUUUUAAUAUACCUAACCACUACGCUUUAAAAGACUAGAAAGUCCACUUAUAAGGACCCAAACGGCCGAAAUAUUCUACACCUUUCCGAUCCAGCUACAUUAUAGUUAAUACUGCCUACUUCACUAGCGUAUUUACCAAACGGUGCCGCGGUGUCCCAUUUACCCUGGCAGAAGAAUCUUAGCUGUUGUAGACCUAGCUUCGCUUGGGUUUUUAGGAUUACUCAUCACGGUCGAACAUCUCUUUAUUCAUACUUCAUAUACUAAUUACAAUGUAAUCGUCGAUAUAGAUCUUAAAAAACAAGCUUAUGAAUGUUUGAUAUUACUAGUUAAUUAGAAAAUAUAGUGUUGUAUUAUGGUAUAGGAACAUUUUUGUCUUAAAGCAGAUGAUGAUUUUCUUGAAAUUUUACCAAAAAAAUUUUUUUUUUGCUAUUAUAGUUUUUUUAUCAUUUACUAAAUUUUAUAGUUAAAUAAUUAUAUUUCUGAAUUGGAUUGUUCCUUCACCUCGUAUUCUUAAAAGUCAUUUGUUGAGAAAAUUUGUAUUAGUGUCUAAUACUCGUAUUAUGUACAUGUAGAGAAACCACAUAAUAGUAAGAGAAUUAUUUGCACUUUUUUAAAUCUCUCACAGUACUCUAAAUAAAUAAAAGCCUGUAUUAUUAAAA